CAAUGGAGAGAAAAGCAAUAAAAUAUACAAAUCCAUCGCACAACUUUGAAUUUUGCAAGUGGCUUCCACAACACUGGGACACUCAUCGGAGAGGCCGGGAACUCUACAGCACUGACAGCAAGAUGUCCGCACAUCAGGGACCAUCUGAACGCUCUAAAAUUCUGUUAUACUGGCUUCUGUUCCUGUACAACUUAGCUCCGGUCUCUUCAGUGCUACUGACGAGUAACACCUCUGCUAUGCUUUGGGAAAAUAUUGAUUCUGUAUCUCUACACUGCACAGCCAUCGAUUCUGUUGCGAGUUACACCUGGUACUUAAAUGGAGAGCCAUUACCCAAGGAUCCUCGAUAUAACAUCACAAUGAGUGAUUCUCCGCCAUAUUCCAGUCUCAUCAUCAGCCCCAUAUCCAGGAGUGACAAUGGACCCUUCACCUGUACCGCCUAUUACACGCUGAACCAGGAGACCAGCAAUGCUGUGACCUUAAACUUGGCCUGGUAUCCUAGAGGAAAUAAUGUUUGCACUGCAGAGUUGGUUGGUCAGAACAUUCAGCUUGGUUGUUCCUGGCCAGAAGGAUGGCCUGCUGCUAAUGUAACCAUGAAUUUCAAUACAGAAACACAGACUGGACCAGGCCAGGUAUUCACUAAUGUGUCAUCAACUAGUACCGUCCAGGGCUCAAAUCUUACCUGUUUUGGAGAUCAGCUGGGAAAAACAUCUGUGUGCACAGUAAUGUUUGAGAUUCCACAAUCAACCGGAGACAAUAGCAGUUUAGUAACUAUAGUGACAGCAGGAGAUACUGCUAUAAUGACAUUAAAUCUAACAUCGUAUAGUCUCCCGGCUGUCUUCGCCUGGUACCAACUGAAUCCAAAUUCCGACCCUGUCUCAAUCACCAGCAGGACCACAAUGGAGUCCACCAAUUCCAGCUCCAGUCUGGAGAUCUCUGAUGUGGAGGUGGAGGAUGCUGGGCACUAUGAAUGCAUUGCCAUUAAUAUUAUUGGGAGCCAGAGCUUCCGCUUCACUCUCAAUGUGACCGAAGAAGGUCUCAAUGUGGCAAAGCGAACUUCGAGACAUUUAUUUAUAAUCCUCUGUGAAAUAGCCAUCUUUUCAAUCCUUUUUGGAGUCGCUGUGGUCUGUGUUGUAAAGAGAUCGAAAGGUAGCCCUGGAGAAUAUGAUGAUAACCUUUCAACCAUCUGUGAAAAAGUCAUACAGACAGAGCAACUGAAACAAAAGGACAAAGCUACAUACAGUACACUGACUCCCAGUCUAAGGUAAUAAACCUGCCCUUAACUAGAAAACGUGAAGAGAGUAAAGAUGUUACAGGACUUUGAGUUCCGACAAGGAGCCGAAUCGGAAAUGUUCCCUUUCUUCAAUCAUCAGCUGUGGGUCUACAUUAAAUCCUCCACAAAAUAAAGUAGCAUUUUCUUUCAUAUCUUUCAUUGGUUCCAGCGUCUAGUCUUCUUAUUAGGCAGGUGCUCUGCUAAGCUUUGGCACCCAAAACACAGGCUCAGGGUCUCAUUCUUGUUGCCCUAAGCCUUUGGCCUUAAACCAUAACCUAUAUUUGCUAGAAGGCCUGCCAUCACGUCCCGGAUCUAAACCUGCAACCUCUGUUGUUAAUGUUACUUCUUGCUGAGCCCCCUGGAAUGCUGGACAGCUCCCUGGACCAUUCUUUGAAUGAUCCUGCCUUAAAAGUUGUUUGUCUUGAACCUUGAACCCUUUGCUCCUCCCAUGAACUUCCUAUUAAAGCCAUGCCUUUUCACUU